GGGCAGAGUGGAGAGAUCAUCAUAUUCAAUGUUAUAACAGGGCAAAGCUACAAUCCUAUGUCAACACCUAAAACACAAGGCAUCCAACAAGUGAAAUACAGCCACUAUAGAAAGUCUUUACUUGGAGCUAUCUCAGAUGAUGGGGCACUCAACCUAUGGGAUGCAAACUCCCACCGUCUCAUUCACAGUUUUGAAGGAGCUCACAGGGCUCCUGCAACUGGUCUCUGUUUCUCUCCAAUUAAUGAGAUGCUUCUUAUGAGUGUAGGACUGGAUAAGAGAAUUAUUUGCUAUGAUGUACAGGGAAAAACUUGUGUAAAGAGUAUGACUGCUGAAAACCCCCUGACCUCAAUAGAUAUUCUCCAAGAUGGUGUCACAAUGGCUGUUGGUUCAACACGGGGGAAGAUCUAUACAUACGACUUAAGGCAGGGCAAUAAACCUAUACAGUCUAUACAAGCACAUAAGUCCUCUGUACAGGGCCUUGCAUUCCAGUCAACAUUGAAAUUUAAAUCUGAGAGCAACAGGACACCAAGAAUAGGAUCAACACCAACGUUAGAGAAAACAGUCCCAUCUAGCAGUAAACCUCCACAAAGGUCACAGACAGCCAAUACAGCUGGUGUACAUGCUGAGAAUGGAUCUGAAAACCGUCCAGACGUCAUAGGCACAGACACAUAUGAAAGUAAACCAAACAAGUACACAGAUGGAGUACUCAGUCCCCUGGGAGAAAACAGCUCAAAUACGAGCAACAGCACAAACAGAAAACUACCUAUAGGUGGCAGCAUUGGAUUGUCUCCUUUACUGUCUAGUAGAGAUACAGCAUCAGACAGUAGGUUGACAGCUAAGGAUACAGCAGGUGAUGCUGCUGACAGUAUGCUGACAGUUAGGAGUGGUUCUUCUAAAAUACAUGAAGAAAUCAUUUCCCCAUAUACAACUCAACAGAAUGCCAUAAAUGCCACACUAUCGCCCAGGCAGAAAAAGCUUGAGACAUCACCUAGGCAACCACUUAAGCAGUCACCUAGAGACCAAGCUGACAACAUACCCAGAAGUACAUCUAAUGUACAAGUGUCAUAUACAAGAAAUCCCCAAGAAUCUAGUACUGCCCACAUUGAGUCCCAUAUGCAAACCACUGAGCAUGACGUACCACCAGAGGGUGCUGUUGGUGGUGUAGAGACAAGUUUACCUCAGUUUCAGACUCAGUUUAUUCGAAAUAUGAUCGAAGAUGCUCUCGAUGACUUCAAGGAUCAAAUUCAUAAAGACAUCAGUCGACUCCAGAUGGAAAUGUUGCGGCAGUUUCAAAUACAGCAACAAGAAUUGUUACACAUCGUACAAGAUCAUUCAGUGAAUGAGGAACUUGUCGCUGAAAUCGAACGCCUUAAAGCGGAAAAUAAUUUAUUAAAGAAGAACUUUUAGGGUAUGUUUAGA